AUGGAUAUAAUUAUCGAACACAGUCAGAUGGCGGAUGCCGAAAAUCAAUCGCGAUAUGUGAAGUUAAACAAAGAUCAAGCGCCGGUCGAUAUCAAUCCCGGAGAACUCAAUCAGCCAAUUGAAGUUCCUCAGAUGAAUGUUCGCAAAUGCAAUGAAUGUGGGCAGGCUUUACCAGAGAGCUUCGAGCCUCCUGCUGUUGAACCUUGGUCAACUGGGAUAUUUGGUUGUGCUGAAGAUACUGAAAGCUGCUGGACAGGACUUUUUUGCCCAUGUGUUCUGUUUGGACGCAACUAUGAGAAGCUAAGAGAAGACAUGCCUUGGACCACACCAUGUGUUUGUCAUGCAGUUUUCGUUGAGGGUGGCAUGGCACUUGCUGCAGCAACAGCCGCAUUUCAUGGGAUCGAACCCCAAACAUCGGUUCUCAUUUGUGAGGGAUUGCUUUUCACUUGGUGGGUCUGUGGUAUAUACACUGGAAUUGUCAGACAAACAUUACAAAAGAAAUACCAUCUCAAGAACUCACCGUGUGAUCCGUGUUUGGUGCACUGUUGCAUGCAUUGGUGCGCGUUAUGUCAAGAACACAGGGAGAUGAAGGGGCGGCUGUCUGAUGAUGCUGUCAUGCCAAUGACCAUUGUGAAUGCGCCACCUGUUCAAGUGAUGAACACCGAUGGAGAGAAGAAAGAGUCUGCUAAUGGGCAUGAUCAUGGUGCUCAUUUGGAGAUGCAAGCUUUGUGAUUUAUUUUUGGUAAUUGGGUUGGGUGGAGUAGCAAUGGUUAGGAUGUGGUGAUAAAAUGGUUGUUGAUGGAUCACCUUGAAAAGCUUAGAGUUAAAGUAGUCAUAUAAUAUAGUAAUUGAAUCUACCUGUUAAGCUUGGUGUUAAUGCUACUUAAAUGCCUUAGUGAAUCAUAUAUAAUAUAUUAUAUAU